UGAAAAUGCCACGUCACCUUUGAGAGACACAUGCAUGUGUAUUGUCGAGCGACUGGGAAGAUUGUAGUUCUCAGACAUUACCUUUCUUUAAAUCUCUAUUCUUGUACCUUUUUCCUUAGAAGAAAACAAUCAGAGCGUUUGUAAAUAAUGGCAUCCUCACCGGGGCUGGUAAGCUUUCCGAGACAGGCGUGGGAUAGUGUGCUGUCAAAGGUAAAGAAAGCGGUUGUUUUCAUGGAUGACAGGUGUUGCGAGAGCCUGCACUGGUGUGGAGGGACCGAGAUGCUGCUCGCAGCCGGAGCCUGUAACGUCAAGCAGUUCUCUAGCUUUGAAGCUGGCAGCGCGAACGAGCCCAAAGCCGUCUUUGUCGUGAGCACGCUGCUGAAGGGCAGGACAGCGGACACCAUCAGGGACAUCAUCGGCCUCAGCUCCUUCCAGUACUGCGUCGUGUUCACCGCUGUCGCACACUCCGUACACCUCCAAGCCAGCAGCGCCAGCCCGGAGGCGGAGGGGCGUCCCGCUUUCGAGCAGUUCGAGGACAGGCUGUGCGAGUGGAUGGGAGACAUGAAUUACACGGCGGAGGUGAUGCACGCCCCGCUGGUGUUCGCCCCCGUGUCGCCUCACCUGCUGGUGGCCCCCGCCUGCGGGGGGCUGUUCCCCCUGCUGUCCCGGGACCUCGAGCUGAUCAACAGGGCCCGCCCGGACAAGAAGAAGCUCGCCAGCCUCGCAGACGCUGACAUGCACUCCCUGCCCCCGGAGCUGCGGGUUCAGAUCCGGACCCUGGUAUCCGGGCUCAGCUCCAUGUUUGACUGUCUCAACACACGGGAGGAGUGCUUCGCGGUGGGCCCCACGAGUCGCCUGAUAGCCGGGGAGCUUGCCAACCACCCUCAGGCGAAGAACAGGAGGAAAGCGGCCCCAAACAAAGCGUCGAUAGUGUUCAUUGACAGGACGCUCGAUUUGGCAGGAGCCGUCGGGCACCAUGGCGACAGUCUGGUGGAGAAGAUCCUCUCGGCUCUGCCGGAGCUGCCGGGCCACCGGAACGACGUGCUGGUGGACAUGCUGGAGCUGACGGCCCUGCAGGGGACCGCGGAGUCCCAGGGCAUCAUCGCACCAGGGUGCCUGGCGCAGCCAAAUGACCCCGCAGCCCGCGCCCUCUGGGAGUCCAUGCUGAGCGCCAAGCACAAGGAGGCGGUGAUGGAGGUGCGGAGACACCUGGUGGAGGCUGCCAGCAAGGAGAACCUGCCCAUUAAAAUGAGCCUGGGCCGCGUGACACCGGAGCAGCUCUCUGCCCACAUCCAGCUGUUCAGGAGGAGCUGGAAGGCCUUGCGGAGCCACUGCGGAGUUCUCCAGCUCUCCCUGGCCACAGCGCAGGCACUGCGGCACCCCAGCCUCUCCAAGUGGGACACCCUCCUUGCCUUGGAGCGGCUCCUCCUACAGGCUCUGGGGGACUCGGACCUGGCUGGGGUGCUGAGGCAGGUCCUGCCUCUCGUGAAGCCUCACGCGGACAGGGCGGAGAGCGACCAGGGUCCCGAGGAGCUGCUGGUGCUGCUGGUCUACGUGUACUCCCUGGCGGGAGACAGGAGCGUGAGCCGGGAGCUGGAGGAGGCCGAGCGGGAGCUGGCGGCUGCUCUGGUCCGCGUGCUCCUGGAGGAGCCUGAACUGUCGCCUCUGAUCCAGAAAAUCACCCGGUGUUGUUCUGCCUCUGAGCUGACGGAUGACGUGGCCCGCACCGCAGUGGGAAGGGUGUUCGAGAUCCUCCGAGGGCUGAGCAGGUCCAGAGCUCACCUCAGGCAGCUCCGCUCUGUCCACAGUCCAGGGGAUGGAGUGCACCAGGCCACCUACAAGCCCUUUCUGAAGCAGGCACUGGAAGAGAUCUUCCACCCUGACCGACAGGACUCCCAGGACAUAGAGCACAUGUCCUCCGGCCUGACAGACCUGCUGAAGACGGGAUUCAGCAUGUUCAUGAAGGUGAGUCGCCCCCAUCCGAGCGACCAUCCUCAGCUCAUCCUGUUCAUGGUUGGAGGAAUCACCCCCUCAGAAGUGCGACUGGUCAAGGAGCUGGUGUCGUCACACAAGCCUGGCAUGCAGGUGACAGUGCUGUCGACCCGACUGCUGAAGCCGGCCGAUGUCCCGGAGCUCCUGUUCGCCACUGACCGUCUGCACCCAGAUAUCGGCGUCUGAGCCUCUCUCUCGUGGAGCGGAGGAGAGAUGAACCAGGGAACCUCUGCUGUCCGGCGGCUCCUUGUUUUCAUCAGCCGUAUAUAAAGAUCUGAAACUCUCGUCUCUUAGCAAGACGACCAUGUAAAUCACAGCCUCGGUGGCAGCGAUGCCGCGGUCCCCUCAAUCUGUUCUUUGACAGCUAAUGAUGUUCUACACGUUCUUCCUCCAUGAGGUUAUUUUGCUACUUUGUUUGGUGCUGAAAGAUCUUAAUGCUGUUGUGUAUUUUCUGUGUGCUCAAUAUAACCCCCUGCUGACUCUGGGCUGUCAA